CUCAUCAUUUCUCCCCUCGCUCGCGCAUGAUGGAAACUGAAUCAAAACAGCUGUGGUGCGUCCUUCUCAGCUACUUUUCCGCCCUCACUCCUGUCGAAGCUUUCGUCUAAUGUGGUUGUCAUCUUCGUUUUAACAACUUAUUUCCUCGUACCCCCACCCCUCUCAGACAAGCUUUGAGAAAUAACCAAACCUACGACUUGUAACUAAACUGCUUUGGGAAAAGGUCGUGUUUCUUUGGAUGGAGAAUUUUACAUCGAUGGUGAAUGAGCUAAAGUCAAGCUGGUUGUGAAGGUGCUGGACUUGUUUCCCCCUACGCCCCAAGCCGGACACAGCAUGGCGGCGGGAGUAGCGGCAUGGCUUCCCUUUGCCCGGGCGGCAGCAAUAGGCUGGAUGCCCGUGGCCAAUUUGCCCAUGCCGGCGGCGCCCACUGAGAAAAACAAGCGUCAGGAUGAGCUAAUCAUUCUCAACGUCAGUGGACGUCGCUUCCAGACCUGGAAGAACACCCUGGACCGAUACCCAGACACCCUGCUGGGGAGCUCAGAGAAGGAGUUCUUCUACAAUGAGGAGACCAAAGAGUACUUCUUUGACAGGGAUCCUGAUGUGUUUCGCAGUGUGCUCAACUUCUACCGUACUGGAAAGCUCCACUACCCACGGUAUGAAUGCAUCUCCUCUUAUGAUGAGGAGCUGGCUUUCUUUGGCAUCCUCCCGGAGAUCAUUGGCGACUGCUGUUAUGAAGAGUACAAGGAUCGUAAGAGGGAGAACGCAGAGCGACUCAUGGAUGACCAGGAAGACAACAAGGACGCUAAGUUGCCCAACAUGACCUUUAGGGAGACAAUGUGGCGUGCUUUCGAGAACCCCCACACUUCCACCAUGGCCCUUGUCUUCUACUACGUUACUGGCUUCUUUAUCGCUGUCUCCGUCAUCACCAACGUAGUGGAGACGGUGCCCUGCGGCUCAGGACCCAGCAUGAAGGAAGUGCCAUGCGGUGAGCGCUACACCGUGGCCUUUUUCUGCAUGGACACUGCUUGUGUCAUGAUCUUCACCGUGGAGUACCUAAUGCGCUUAUUUGCCGCACCCAGCCGCUACCGCUUCAUGAGGUCGGUCAUGAGCAUCAUAGAUGUGGUGGCCAUCUUGCCCUACUACAUCGGCCUCGUGAUGACUGACAACGAGGACGUGAGCGGCGCCUUUGUGACGCUCCGGGUUUUCCGCGUUUUCCGUAUCUUUAAGUUCUCCCGGCACUCGCAGGGCCUGCGCAUCCUGGGCUACACGCUGAAGAGCUGUGCCUCGGAGCUGGGCUUCCUGCUCUUCUCCCUCACAAUGGCCAUAAUUAUCUUUGCUACCGUCAUGUUCUACGCAGAGAAGGGUUCAAGCUCCAGCAAAUUCACCAGCAUCCCAGCCUCCUUCUGGUACACCAUCGUUACUAUGACAACACUCGGAUAUGGAGAUAUGGUUCCUAAGACAAUUGCAGGAAAGAUCUUCGGCUCGAUCUGUUCUCUGAGUGGGGUGCUGGUAAUCGCCCUGCCUGUCCCUGUCAUCGUGUCCAACUUCAGCCGUAUCUAUCACCAGAACCAGAGAGCAGACAAGCGGCGGGCGCAGAAAGUACAGAAAGCACGCUUGGCCAGGAUACGAAUAUCAAAGACGGGGAGCUCCAAUGCCUUCCUCCACAGCAAGAGAAACGGGCUGUUCAACGAAGCGCUGGAGUUCACACAACUUCCAUACAAGAUGAACCUUACCAAUCAGAGUUCCACUGAAGAGGAGCAGCGGUUAAACAAGUCCGCAUCUCUAUUAGAGAGCCAGCAUCACCACCUGCUGCACUGUCUGGAGAAAACCACCAACCACGAGUUUGUGGACGAGCAGUAUUACCAGCAGAGCUACCUGGACGCGGGGUUGCAGAAUUACCUGUCUCGGAGCCCCUCCCUCUCCAGCCAGGAUGGUGUGACGGGCACCUGCUGCACCCGGCGAAGCAAGAAGCACCACUCCCCUUUACCGAAAGCCAGCGCCCCUGCACACAUGCAGCCUUUGAAACACACACACACACACCAACAAGGUCUGCAGGAGCUCAGCACCAUCCACAUCCAGCCUCUCAGCACCAGCCGUUCCAGUCUCAACAUGCGUGUGGACGAGCAAGCCCCCCUAAACUGCCAGAGCAGCCAGAUCACCACAGCAAUCAUCAGCAUUCCCACACCGCCAGUAACCACCCCUGAAGGCGACGCUCACCUGCCAGCGGCCCCCACCCACCAGAACGUUGUGAAGGUGUCGGCACUGUGAAGAAAAGAGUGCAGGAAAGACAGCUAAAGACUCACGGAGACAGACUGAGGGAUGAAGGAGGACUGAUGAAUGAUGGGGAGGAGAGCUUUUAGAGUCCUUGUUGGCCGCGGUGGAGCCUGCCCUCUGCUGGUCAUGUACUGUAACGACAUGAACUCCAUUUACACAAGGAGGAUGGCUUUUAGAUACAGUAUAUUCAUGUCAGUGGGUGCGUGGCAUGUGUGUGUGCGCGGAUGUAAGUGUGUGUGUGGGUGAAUGAGCUGGGAACAUUUGUAGAGUCAGAUUAGAGGAGGAGGUGUGUGAGACUCCUCAAGUCAUUUGUAAGUGUGCACAAAGCACCUUCUUGAGUUUUGCUUCAGUUUGACUCUUUAAGCAGGAGAAAAUGAGGGAAAUUAAGACAACUCAAAUAACAAACAUUAUUAUUUUGUCAUUUUUUUGUCAUUUCAGUUCAUUCACCUGUUGAUAGAUUAAUAAUCAGUCAUUUUUCCAGGUCCAAUAAUGUUCCACUCAAGAGAAAAACUCUUUAAAAGAUGAAAUAUGAUUGGUGUGUCCGUGACGACGUUACCAAUGAGUUUCAUAUUUGUGAAUGGGUUUAUGUGAACUUUUGCUAGAUAGAGGAAUUGUGCUGUAUUCCAUAGGAAGUAUGUGCCUGUGUGAGUGAGCGUGUGAGUGAGAUAGAGCGAUAACGUGUGCGUCUUUCUCAGUUAAUUGAAAUCUUGUGUUUCAAUUCUUCUGGAAGUCUCUAUGGCUCAGUAUAUGGUAUAUUUGACUAGCUGCCACUCUGAAGGGUUCACUGAACACUUUUCUGUCUGAAAUUCUCCGCUCCAAAGCCUUCUACACAACAUGUGCCUGUUUUCAUGGAGGAUAAGAAUAUUUUUUUGUUUAUAAGGCCCUGCCCUUGUUGUUUUUCCUUUUGGCUGCUGCAGCCCUGACAGACCUCAAAUAAUUCAAUUCUUUAACAAAGAAACAACAAAAAAACAAAAAAAAAAUGCCGUCUGUUUUGAAUUCAAACCCUGCAGUUAAAAGCACAAGGCGCAUGCUGAGAAUUUCUGACACAAAUCUGUCUUGAGCCUGAGUUCUUUGUGAAUAUUGUUAAUAGAAUAUUUUGUAAUAUUUGACCAUCGUUUGGCAGAACCAGUGAAGCUGUCUUCUCGUUCUCUCUCCCUCAGUCUGUCUUUCUCUCUCUCUCUCUCUUCUCUCUCUCUUGUUGUUGUCCUGUUGUAUCCUUACCUCCUGUGUGAACAACAGUAUGCUUUCAGUAGUCUUUAUAGCUGUCAACGUUCUUUCUUCCCCCUUAACUCAGCGGGCAUUUUUUCAAAGUUGUUGGGUAUGUGUACUCUAUGUGGUUAGGAUACUUGAUGUUUGUACUUUUUGUCCUUCCUUGGUGUUUCAAAUUUUUAUUUACUCUUGGAGAACUUAAAGAGGGGACGUCUGGUGACACAAGAGACACUGAGGACACUGGAUGAGCCAUCCGCAGAUCUCUGUCACUAAAAACACCUGUUAAUCACUCUGUUCUCUUGAUUCAAGCCCUAACUUUACUUCUCACCUCUUACAGUUGACUUUUCUAACUAUAGAUGCUGGCCUUUUUAGCUCUGCUGACCUCCCUGCUGGUGCCUCUCUGUUGGCCUUCUUCUUCUUGAAUGUCAUCCUGCGGCUCACAGACACAUAGAUCGUCUGUAGGCGGAUGAGAUCAGUCACAACACGCUACGCACCCACUUCUGCUGCGCAUAGAUGAAUCAAAUGUUGAUCAAGAGCACACAGACAGGACUAUAGGUGCGCCCAUCUUUGAGCAUACUGCCCGCAUCAGCCAGGAGCAUAUUUCAAAAGCAAUACUGGAAUCAGUCUAAAAUUAACCCUGCAUAUAUGUAGCUAAAAUAAACCGUUCUCAUUUUUCAGUAUAGUUACUAUUUAAAGAAAACUAGCAGCAAAAUGUAUCAUGUUUUUUAGAAGAAAGUGUUUAAUUACCUGGAAAAGUGUAACCAAUUUUACACAUACAUUUGUACUAAAACCCACAAAAAAAGCAUAUAUAUCACCAUAUCAGCCAGCGUGAGUGGAAAUAUAGUCAGCAGAAUUUGUACCAUAUUAGUGCAUCACUACACAAGAACCUAAGAUCCACUAGAUCCUGCUUUAGUUUCAUCCAGACUCAAAGAGAGCCAGAAUUACUCUCAAACAGGAUCUGUUUAACCUUGGCUAUUAUUGCAG